AUGAGCGCCAUUUUCCGUCGUGCCUACACCACCAAGACCCUUAUUCCUCCUAAUGUAGCAGCCGCCACCAGACUUUCUGGUUCUGCCAAGGAUGGUCAAAUUUCUCAAUUGGUCGAUUUCUACAAGAAAUUGCCCAAGGGUGCUGCCGAAGUUGCCAAGCCCGUUGGCCCUUUUGCUCGUUAUAAGGCCGCUUAUAUUGAUGGUGAAAACGCUUCCGUCACUCCUUUGCUUCACCUUAUCUUUGGUGUCUUUGCCAUUGGUUAUACCAUUGAUUACCAAUUCCACUUGAAGCACCACAAGAAUGUCGAACAUCAUUAG